CGUUCAUAGGUUGGGACGUAUCUUGCAGACCCCCGAGUCGAGCAUGGAAGGGCAGUUGACGCAAGAAGCACCUCCUUACAAUAUAUACACAACCUAGUCCAAAUCAACCUCUAAGGCACAACAUUCUGAAGUUCAGAAUUUGCAGCUUAUGUGGUCGGUCCGCGACCAAAGAUGUCCAUGUUCCCCAAUGGCUCUGAUGGAUCACUCCCUGUCGAUAUGCCAGGUCUGGUCACAGCUCCUACUACAUCCAUGCCCGGCAUCAUGUCGCCAGUCCAUAGCAUGUCGACCAUGGAUGUCGAUUUGCUUCCCACCAGCCUCGACUUGAGUCUGGGUGACACAAGCACCCAGGCGUUUGCGCCGAUGGCCCCGCCAACACUCGAGCGCCAGAGUUCCCGUGAGGAUGAUGAACAGCUCAUCACUACUGGAUCUACCACUACAGGUGCUGGGGCUGGACCGCUGCCAACAGGUUUUGGAAUGCAAGGGAAUUCGGCGAACAACAGCACACUCACGGAGUUUACGAAGCGACGGAACUGGCCUCAGCGGCUGCUCGAGGAGAUCAAAGAUUUGCUACAUGUCUUAACGCCAGACGGACGUCUACAAUAUGUAUCUACUUCAAGCAAGGCCCUCACAGGCUACGACCGGAACGAACUUGUUGGGAAGUUUAUAUUUGAAUUUAUCCACCCAGAUGACAGUGGCAUUUUCGUUAGAGAGUUCAACGAGUCGAUCGCCUCUGGAAAUGCCCUACGAUUCUUUUAUCGUUUCCGACGAAAAGAUCAGAGUUAUACUAUUUUCGAAUCCCACGGCCAUCCGCAUUUUACAUCGGAGGCAGCGGCAUUUGGGCCCGGCAAUGCAGCUGGCUUCUGUCGCGGGUUUUUCAUGAUGGCGCGGCCAUAUCCCACCAAAAAUGCAGCUCUACUAGACUCAUUUUUGGAGCAUAAGAUUGAAAACGAGCGGUUGGCUCGGCGCGUGGCGGAGUUACGCAAGGAGGAGGCGGCGGAGGAGCUCGAAGCCCAGCAGCUGUCUCAACAAGGCGGAAGGGCCCCAAGUGGAAGCGUUACACCAUCUGAAACGCAGCGGACUGAGAGUGAAGCCACCGGCUCGAUGAUGUCCAUUCCAUCGAGCAGCUACGGUGGAAUGCCUCCACCAGCCCGCCCAGCGUCAAACAAUGCGCUCACGCGACAAAACUUAGAUGAAGCCAACGCGACCUCGCGACCAGACAGCAUCAACGAUAAGAUGGCUCGCUAUGAAGGGGCUACGCACAUAGAAACCAUCGAGAUGCUCACCGGCUUGCGUUACCGCGACGGCGAACGGUCACAAGGCAUCAGCACCGGCGAUGCUAGCCCGGCUCUUAUCAAGGGUGAUGUGGGAAUUGCCAUUCCGGUGGAAAAGGAGUCACGAGGAUCAGAUAAGAAAAAGAAGCUUAAGCUUGCCGACGAGUAUGUAUGUACAGAUUGCGGUACGCUUGACUCGCCAGAAUGGCGGAAGGGUCCGAAUGGGCCGAAAACUCUUUGCAACGCCUGCGGACUCCGUUGGGCCAAGAAGGAGAAGAAGCGCACCGUCUCGGGCAACCAGCCGCCUCCCGAUAUACCUAUCCAAAUGCAUGCGGGGAACGGUUAGAAUUGCAACAGACUCUUUUCGGCAGUUUUUAUCAGCAUUCCUCUGCGUCGUUCCGGUUCGAUUCCUGUCACGACUUACGAGCAAAUACCCUCUGCGCAGCUGCAGUCUCUUUGGCAUUCGAUGCAGCCUCAUGAUGUCAGAUGUGAUUUUAUUCGAGUUGAUUCAUCGCAACCUUUACCAACUAUCCCUCCCAAUCCACGCACCCUCACAAGGAACAACAUAUACCCGUUUUCCUCUAUCUGGUGGACUGUCUCCACCAACUCCACACCACCAUCUCACUUAACUCUUUAUCUCGCAUAUGACCCCUUUUAUGACGAAACUUUUAACGCACACUAAUGCUGAUGCAUUUCCUUUUCGGUUUUUGGGUCGGGUUUUGGUUCCUGUUCCUUGUACGCAUUACGUGCGCGGUCACGAAUAUGCGAAAUAUAUAUUAAAUAUCUACGAAUCAUAAGUAUGAAAAGAAAAAAUAAAAAUUAUCAUCAACGCA